ACAGACGUUCUAAUUAGCCUCCACCGUCCUGCUACAUCCCCAUGCUGAUACUGGGCCACUUUCCAUCCCUUGGAGAGGGAACUAGCUGUCAGAGUAUGGGAGGAAGAUAUUUAUAGCAAAAUGGGGCCUCACUUUACCCUUUUUGGAGAGAGAAUUAUUAAGGAUCUGUGCUACACUGUCCCAGUUUCACAGUGUUAGCUCUGCAGGCAAGACUAGACAGACUUGCCAGAGAUGCAGAGUCAAUGUGACGGAGAAAAGGAUUUCGGCACCGUGUGCCCCUCAGCUUUUUAUGUGUCAAUACUCUGCAUGGUUGACUUUGGUGAUGGAGGGCAUUGGGAAGGUUCUACUCCUUGCCUGCUAAUGUUUGACUAGAGGAUGUGUUGAACGCAUUUAGGAGGCACUUAGGUGGGAGACGUGCACUGGAUGUUUUUUCUUAUGGCUAUAACCAUCGACACUUGUUGACUCGGGCAAAAUGAAGAGAUUCCUGCAAAAUAAGAAAGGGAGGUACUCUUUACGCCAAAACCAGAAGUCUGGCCCACGUUAUCCACCUAAAGAUUUCUUUUUUACCAUGCCAACAUCUAACCAGGGCUGGCCAGAGGAGUUUGGCUUCCAGCUUGGGGGCACUGGGCCCAGCUAUAUCCUUACAGUGGAGGAGGGUAGCAGUGCUCACCUAUCUGGCCUGCAGCCUGGAGACCAGGUGCUGGAGAUUGAAGGGCAGGAUGUGUCCAGUCUGGGAGCUCAGGCUGUCAUCGCCCUGGCACAGGCACAAAAGAACAUCCCACCCAGCAUUGGCGUGGUCUCCAGAAUACAGCAGAUGGAUAUUACCCCAGGCCCUGAUGGUCGUUUUGGCUUUACUAUCGUGGGAGACUGCCCCCUGCUGGUGGAGGACUGCUCUCCCUGCUCCCCUGCUGGGCGCAGUGGUCUGAGGGCUGGUGAUUAUGUCAUGGAAGUGAAUGGAAUCCCUGUGAAGCAUCAUGAGAUGGCUGCUGCCUUAAUAAAGGCAUCACAGGGUCGCACGCUGCGCCUUGGAGUGCUCUGCAUGGGCAGCCGGCAGAAGCGUAGCAGCAUAGAUGAGUGGCAGAAAGGCAGCGAAGGCCCGCGGCUGGACCGCAAACAUAAAGCCUUAGAGUUCAAUAAAAGGAUUGAGGAGGUGUUGGGGAGCGAGCCUGAGGUGAAAGAGAAGCUGUUUGCCGUGCUAAAGCAGUUUGCUGCUGAGAGGAAGGUGGACUGGCUGGCAUCUGUUCUUCCUGACAUCCUGACCACUGAGGAGCAGCAACAACUCAUUUCUAAUGUCAGGAUCUUCAUCCCCAAGAAGCACCGGCAGAGGUUUGAUGAAGCCGUCUCCCAAAGUCUUCUCAACCGCGUGUGCCGCAGUAAGAGCGUGAGCGAGCCAGGCCAGAACCGACUGCGCCGCAGCCGCAGCCAGGAGCACCAUGAGCGGCCACAUGCCUCCAAAAGGGCCAGCUCAGUUCCCAGAGACACCGGAGAGAACCAUGAACGUGGCCACAAGAAGAGCACAUCUGGCAUCCCCAGCAUCCCCCCCACUGGAGCAAAUCAGAGGACCAUCCGUGUGUACAGAGGAAAGAAGAGCUUUGGGUUCACGCUCAGAGGCCAUGCUCCUGUGUGGAUCGACUCUGUCAUUCCAGAUAGCCCUGCUGAGGAGUGUGGCCUUAAACCAGGAGAUCGUAUUCUGUUUCUCAAUGGGCUGGAUAUGAGGAAUUGCUCCCACGAGAAGGUGGUAUCAAUGCUGCAGGGCAGCGGCGCCAAUCCCACUCUGGUGGUGGAAGAGGGGCCGGUGCUAUACUCUCCAUCAGACUCUGAAACCGAAGAGACUCCCUCACUCCCUUGCUCUCACUCCCCUGCCCUCAGCUCCCUGCAGUGGGUAGCAGAGAUCCUUCCUCCUAGCAUCCGCGUGCAUGGCCGCACCUUCAGUCAGCAGCUCGAGCACCUCCUCACCACGCAAGAGAGAUACACAAUCUGCAAGGCUCUCGAGACCUUCUUUCAGCACAGGAAUGUGGACACACUCAUUGUGGAUGUUUUUCCUGUGCUGGACACUCCUGCCAAGCAGCUGAUCUGGCAGUUCAUCUAUCAGCUUUUGACCUGUGAGGAGCAGGAGCGCUGUAAGAGCAAGAUCUCCCGCUUCCUGGGCUUCAAAGGAGCAGAGCCUGAACUGGGCACAGAAAAUCACAGACGGAGCAGCUCCAUGAGGGUGACUGGAACAUCCCACAGAAACAGUGUCCGAGAAAGAAGCUCAGAUGAUUGCAUCAUUGGCACUCAUUUAGGAAUGGGGACUUUCACUGAGCCUGCAACCCCAGGAGAAAGACAAUGUGGCGAUGGGACCUCCUUUCCCGAGUCCCCAGAUUUGAACCACAUAUCAGGAGUGUACACAGAGCUGGAGAGUGCAUACACGGUGAAGAACAGCCAGCCUCUGCAGAGUAACUCAUCACCUGGGAAUGAGGGCAUGAGCCAUGCUGACAGCCAUGCACUCACUCUCUCCUUCACACAUGCUAAAAAAGGGAACCGUAAGUCAGGCCUGUCCCUGACAUGGAAGGAGCCCUGCUCCAGCCCUCAGUAUGACCUCUACCAGCAGACCAUCCCUUCUCCUGGAAGCAUGGACUCUAACCCCUAUGUCAGCCUGGACAGCUCUCCUACCUCCCCUCAGCACUCAGAUGAGGCCCCAAGCCCUCAGCCUCGUCGAAAAAAACUUUUCACUUUCUCCAGACCCCCACGCAGCCGAGACACAGACAAAUUCCUGGAUGCCCUGAGUGAACAGCUUGGCCACCGAGUCACCAUUGUGGAUAACUUUCUGGGAGGCGAGAAUGACUAUGAAGAGAUGAGUUUCCAGGAGGAACAGGACAACAUAUUGUCUCGUCAAGCGAGCAGUGCGAGCAGCGAGGACCACAGCAGUGAGGAUUCAAGCUCGCUAACCUACUCGUCUGAAUCAGAGCAAAUCCCACCCCCUCCCCGGAGCCCCCCACCCCCGCCCCCACCCAUUCAGUUCACUGACACGCCCUCCCCCAUCUGCCUCACCCCACAACACAUGCCUCAACCUCCUCCUGCCUUCCAGAACCACCCCAUCAUACCCCCUCCACCACCCCCUCCUCGGUUCAUCCUCUCCAACCGGCCAUCUCGUCACCAAGUGCUGCCUACAUGCAAGGAGACAAGGUUCCAUCACACCCAGCCCCGAAAGCCCUAUUCUCAGCCUUCUGUUCAUGCCAGCCAACAACUUCACCAACCCAAAGCCCACCCCAUCCUGCAUUCAUCCCCUCACACAUCCCCACAACCUCCUCACACAUCCCAAAAGCCUCCUCACACAUCCCCACAGCCUCCUCAAACAUCGUCUCUGCCUGCUCACACAUCCGCACAUCCCCCAUUGAGGCACCGCACCCAGUCCAUCUACCAGAGCCAGCAGAGCUCAGCCAUGCAGCCCAAAGCAAAGAGAGAUUCACCACAGUCUACCCGUAAGACCUAUGAGAGUACCAUCUCAAAGGUAACACCACCACCCCCACCUCCACUGCCCCCACCCUGCGAACCCCCACCUCUGCCAAAGCCAAGCCCUCAGGCUUCAGAUACCAACCACAUGAGUGUGAAGAGGCUCCGCUGGGAGCAGGUGGAGAAUUCUGAGGGCACUAUCUGGGGACAGCUUGGAGAGGACCCUGACUAUGGCAAAUUGAGUGACAUGGUGAAAUACCUCAAUCUGGAGCUGCACUUUGGCACACAAGCAGGUUCCAUUUCUCUUCCAGAGCCCGCCAUUCUACCUGAGAGCUUUAAAAAGAAAGACGUGGUCGAGAUUCUCUCUCAUAAAAAAGCCUACAAUGCUUCUAUCCUCAUAGCCCAUCUGAAGCUGUCUCCAGGAGAGUUACGAAAGGUCCUCAUGACUAUGAGCACUGAGCGUCUGGAGCCUUCUCACAUUAAGCAGCUUUUGCUGUAUGCUCCUGAUGAUGAUGAGGUUAAACAGUUCCAGCAGUAUGACCAGGAUCCUGCCAAGCUUAGUGAACCUGACAAGUUUGUCCUUCAGAUGUUGCUAGUGCCUGAGUAUAAAACCAGAUUGCGGAGUCUCCUGUUUAAAACAACCCUGCAGGAGAAAACUGAAGAAAUGCGACUUGGUUAUGAGUGCAUCUACAAAGCCUCCCUAGAACUAAAAAACAGCAAAAAACUUGCAAAGAUCCUGGAGUUUGUCUUAGCAAUGGGAAACUAUCUUAAUAAUGGCCAACCCAGGACAAAUAAACCCACAGGCUUUAAAAUCAACUUCCUUACUGAGCUCAGCACAACAAAAACAGUAGAUGGGAAGUCAACCUUUCUCCAUAUUCUAGCCAAAUCACUACGCCAACACUUUCCCGAACUUCUCAACUUUGCAGGAGAGCUUAUAACAGUGCCACUGGCUGCCAAAGUGAAUCAGAGAACCAUUACAGCAGACCUCAGUGAUCUCCACUCCACUAUCCAGGAAAUCAGGACUGCCUGUCUAAAGAUCCCAGCCACAGCAGAAGAUCGAUUUGCAGCAGUCAUGAGUAGCUUCCUAGAAAACUCGCAUCCAGUUGUGCAGUCUCUGGACUCUCAUCAGCAGAAAGCAAUGGAUGAGUUUGCCAAGGUAGCCUCUUACUUUGGAGAAGACAGCAAGGCCACGACCACAGAAGCAUUCUUUGGCAUCUUUGCCGAAUUCAUUUCUAAGUUUGGGAGAGCACUAAAUGAGACGCAGGCCACAGAAAACCCCAGGAGUCCUCGCAUUGCUUCACCUUUAGCCUGGUGAGAAUAUGCUUUAGAAUUGCUGCUCUCAUAAACUAAGGCCAUCCAUGUGCCAAGAACUUGACAAAACAACAGGUGAAGCAAAGAAUUUAAUCUAAGUUAAUGACCUACAUGUUAAGAGUGUAACUUCAUCAUAAAGAAUAUAUAUUUUAUACAACUUUAAAGCUAUCAAGGAUAUGGAUAUAGUUUCAUUAUUUUUAAAAAAAGUUUCUAGUGGCAAGAGAAUGUAACAAGAAUGUGAGCACUUUAAAAUUCUUUCACCCACAGUUGAUGAUAAUAUAGUCAGCUGUUUAUUAAUUAUUCCUUUCACUGAUGAAUACUGACCAAAAACUUGCUGACAGACUAUAAUGAUGGAUGGGUGUUAAUCGUGUUAGUCAGCAGCAUAUCAACAUUGUAAACAGAUGAUUAAUUUUUGCUCAGCAUUAGUGUUGUCACUGUCAUUUGCUGAGAAGAGACCCUGCCACACUGAUAAUGGCCACUUAUUUUGUCUGAUCUGUUUGAACAGUGGCAAAGCUGUGCAUGAAAAACUGUACAGUGUAACAGUACUUAUUAUGAAACUGUCAUCUAUGAGCUCUCUUUGCUGUGACAAUUAAAAUCUGAAUGAAAAUGCAUAGGUCUGUUUUUAGUCUCAAUGAAAUGGCCCUGUGUUUACAUCUUGUUUGUUUUAUGUUUACAUGGUAAAUUAUUAUGCAGCUUGGCAGAUUUUUCCUAGAAAUAAUGUUUGAAAUGUUCUUUCUGCCUGAUGUUUUGUGUUCCCAACAAUCUAUUAGUAGCCUCCUUAUUAAAUCCAAAUGCAUGGACAACUAAUUGCUUGUCUUUGUGUCAAAAACAAACACCCAUGUUCCUUUUUUUGUCUGUCCUUUUUCAAACCAGUGACAGUAUUUUGACAGGUUAAUCUACAAUUUGCAUGUAGCAUUGUGUUUAUUUUUGUUGGCAAAUAAUUUUAUUAUUCUUAACGUAGGCCUAACCAUUGGUUUCCUUUUAACCUGUAUUUCACGGUAGGACUUAGGUGUAUUGGUGUAUAGAUUGUUUGUGAAUAGGAUAGUAUUUAUCCUGUGCAGUUCUCUUUCAGCUUCACUUUCUUUGGGCCACAUUGGGCUGCAUUUUAUUCUGCUGUCUAAUUUAUAUCUUGUGAAUAAACAAAACUUCUGACAAGCA